AUGAAGGAUAAAAAGAGCAAGCCGCAAGCCGUUGGACAUCGUAGAACACGAUCGACUGAUGGCCUGUCUGGCAAGGUGAGUGCGAUCGACUCGGAAUUUGCCAAGAACCGUGAGAACGACGGCUUCCGCUUGGCGCAGCUGCUGAAGAGCACGGCGGCUGAAGGGCACCCAGAGAGACAUUUCGGCUGUGGCAAUCGAGAGACGCUGCUGUCGAAAGGCCAAGAGGAGUUGAGGAAUCAGUUGCUGAGAUACUUUCAGGGCUAUGACCCGAGCCUCAUGGCGCUUUGUGUGGUGGGCAAGGCCAAAGACAGUGGUUCUCGAGUGAUUCAAUUUCUGGUCGAAAUGGAACCUUUGAACGUCCUCCAAUCCACGGUGGAACAAUACCUGGGUGCUGUGCCCCGGCGGAGUGACGCGCCACGGCCGCGCUGGGCGGUGGCGCCUUACCCGCCCGAAAACCCGGCCAAGAUCUUGGAGGCGGUGCCGGUGAACGAGCUACGCUCAGUUCUCUUGGAAUGGACCUUUGACUUUGAGAACUUCGCUGCACGGAAAGAGUUCCUCUUAGCGAAGGCGCAGGACUACUUGGCACAGAUCUUGGGACAUGAGGGUCCUGGAUCCAUGCACAGCAUCCUGAAAGGCAAAGGUUGGGUGAAUCGUACCACGGCGGGGGUGAGCUUCGACCAAGACGACUUUGCCAUUUUCCGUCUCUCCUUCGAUGAGGGCCUGCGCCAGAAGAACGCCAUCUUCGGCGCCGUCUUCAGCGUCCUCAAUGCACUACGGCAGGGCAGCCCUCUUCAGGCAGUGCCGGACUACACCAUCCAGGAGUGCCGCAGCCUGGCGGAGCUCCGGUGGCGCUUCGCGGAGAAGCUGAACUCGCAACCGCUUUGCCUCGAUGCGGUGGAUCUGAUGCAGGAUGGCCUUUCGCCCGCCUUCUACCUGAGCAAUCGUUUUCUGCUGUUGGAUCCUCCGGGCGACGGCCCCAGCGGGGGCAGCUUGCUGAAAGCCAUCGACCACAUCUUGGAGCAGCUGACGCCCGAGCGCGCACGCUAUCGGGUCUUCGCCAAGGACGUGGCCCCCCAAGCAAAGCGAGAAAUGGUAUGGAGUGCCGUAUCGACAGACCGAGAUUCCGAAAAGUGUUCUGCAAGGUUCAUCCCUCAGAACUUCGCACUGGCCUGGCCACAGCAGGACCGCAUCAAAGCUGCUGCGUUGCCACCAGAGCUGAUCCGGAACGAUGACGGCCGAGUGCUUGCUCGCUUGUGGCAAGCCUCCCUGGCGGAUCGAUUGACCGAAGAGUACUACGCCGCGCGUCUGGCUGGGCUGGCCGCCAACUGUGCCAGCACGGUCGCGGGCAUCUCGUUGUCCUUCAGCGGAUAUAGCGAUCCUUGGGACAUCAAUUGGCAGAGUUGGACGACUUGCGAGGAUAAGCUUUUGCUCUUCGUCCAAGAGGUCCUGCAGAAAAUCCGCGACUUCGAUGGGCCGACCCCAAGUGAGUUUGCGCGAGCACUGGAUGCGCUCAAGCGGGAGCAGGCCUCGUUUGACUUCCAACAACCCUACGCUCAUGCGGCCUACUUCUCCCGCUUGGCCACCUACAUCCCGGAGUACCCUGUGGAGGAGCUGCGUGCAGCCACAAAGCGCGUGACCCUGGAGCAGGUGCGGAACUUCUCGGCCUUGCUACGCGCAAAGGAGCAGAGCUUCUUCGGACAGGCAGAACUUUCGGCUGGAGAUGGAGGGAGAUUGACUUGUGGAGAUGAGAUCAUCCAAACUUGGUGCAUGAAUCUAAUGACAUUGGACGUGCAGGUUUGA